CUGCCUGGUUACCAUCUCAUGAAAGAAAUCUCCUGCAUUCCUCCCCUUUAAUCUUAGUUUAUUGCUAGCACAAGACCAGUCUCUAAUCCCCGCAGACCUGUAGGAGUGGAACAAGAGCCAGAUCAGGAGCUGCUUCAUCUGUGAUCAUUUGGAAUUCCCUGCUUCAGCUCUGGAGAAAAUGGGUCACAAGGAAGUGGAUGACACCUGUUCCUGGAAGAAACCGACCAACAACAUCCGAAAAACAUUUAUCUUCAUGGAGGCACUAGGAUCAGGUGCUUUUUCGGAAGUUUUCCUCGUGAAGCAAAGGACCACUGGGAAGCUCUUUGCUCUAAAGUGCAUCAAGAAGUCCCCUGUCAUCCAGGACAGCAGCCUGGAGAACGAAAUAGCAGUGCUGAAGAAAAUAAAGCAUGAAAACAUUGUGACUCUGGAAGACAUUUACGAAAGUGCAACCCAUUUUUACCUGGUCAUGCAGCUGGUGUCUGGCGGGGAGUUGUUUGACCGCAUUUUGGAACGAGGAGUUUAUACUGAGAAAGAUGCGAGUAUAGUGAUCCAACAGGUCCUGGCAGCAGUGAAAUAUCUCCAUGAGAAUGGAAUAGUUCAUCGAGAUUUAAAGCCUGAAAAUCUCCUUUACCUGACUCCUGAAGAAAACUCCAAAAUCAUGAUCACAGACUUUGGCUUGUCUAAAAUGGAGCAGAAUGGCAUCAUGUCCACCGCUUGUGGGACUCCAGGAUAUGUUGCUCCAGAAGUCCUAGCACAGAAACCAUAUAGCAAAGCUGUAGAUUGCUGGUCUAUAGGAGUCAUUACCUAUAUCUUGCUGUGUGGAUACCCUCCCUUCUAUGAAGAGACAGAAUCCAAACUGUUUGAAAAGAUUAAAGAAGGCUACUAUGAGUUUGAGUCUCCAUUUUGGGAUGCUAUCUCUGAGUCGGCCAAGGAUUUCAUCUGUCACUUACUGGAGAAGGAUCCAAAUGAGAGGUUCACCUGUGAGAAAGCCCUGAGGCACCCCUGGAUUGAUGGAAAUACAGCCCUUCACCGGGACAUAUACCCAUCUGUCAGUGCUCAGAUCCAGAAAAACUUUGCAAAGAGCAAAUGGAGGCAAGCCUUCAAUGCUGCAGCUGUUGUGCGCCACAUGAAGAAACUCCACAUGAACUGCCAUGCACCUGCUGACAUCAGCCUCCCAGUCAUACAAGUGUCAGAAGUAUCCAGACUCAACAGCCCUACGGUCACCAGCCAAGAGGUGCCCACUCAAGACAAGAAGCUGCUAAUCCCCAUGUUAGCAUGUCAAAUUCCUCCCAGCCAGCUUAACCAAAACACCCAGAUGACACUGAGCAACCCCUUAGAUCACUUGGUUAAUGGGUCACUCCCAGUUGACAAGUGCUUGAUCCUGCCGGACAAUCCAAGCCCUCCAACUAGAACUUCUUGCAGUUGCAGCUCAGCUUCUGGAGGGCAAGAGAAGGUGAAGACUAUCUUCUGUUCAGAGUCAGCACUACUUAAAAAAGCUGCCAAAAACCAUCACUUCAAAUCAGAGGUUAUCGUACCCAUGAAAACCAGUAACAAUUCAUACCGCGGCACUGGGCAAACUGGUGUGUGUUUGGUCAUGUGAUUGGCAAGUCAUCCAUUUGAGCCAACACAUCUUUAACGAAGGGCUGAUUUCUGCACUUCACAGCCAGACAGCACUAGCACGAGGAGAGGAUACUGAAUCCUGGCAGAAGCAGACAGGGAGCCAUUUUCUCUGAGGAGAGCAGCCAUGUGUUGGAGAGCUGCACACUUUUUACUCCUAAGUAACCCUUCAAAGCAACAACCUUGAAGAGUAUCUGGCUCACGAGAACAUGGAGCAGUUGCUUGAGAGAAGGGAGGUGUAAGCACAUGAGGCUUCUGCUUGCACCUUCCAUCUAUAUGACACAUACAGCAUUGCACAAGGCUGUGUCUUGGUUCUUUGUAUAGAUUGUGUAGUUGUUCAAUGUGUAACAAACGUGCUGCACAGUAUAAUUCUUUUAAAGCAAAGCCAAUGGUAUUUGUUAAGUCUAUACUUCUCCUAGGUUUGCUGCUUACUCCUGAGCUCCAGCAUGUUGAAGUCCAAUAUCAAUUGCCUCUCUUGGGUGUGCAGUUUUCCUCAAGCUGAGAAAAGAGAGAACCUGCUACCAUCCUCCACCUGUCUGAUCAAAGGUGAGGUCUGAAUUCCCUGCUUCCACAUCUGUAACUGUGUAAUAAACCUUAAGCUUAAUAAAGCUGACUUUUAUUUUGUAAAGUG